GAUCCUCGCGGGUUAUUUCAAAACAUAAAUAAAUAAGUAUUAUUUGAGAUAUUUUACUAUUUAUCCGACGUUAAACAUCAACGAGAAAAGAAGGCACUGAUAUUUAAUUAUUCUGAAUGAACAGGGUGAAACCAUUAAUUAAAAGAUGUCAUCUGUUAAGGCUUGGAAAGCCUUGAAAUUAAAGAUUAAGAAAUACAACGACAAGAAUCCAACGGCCAAUGUCAUUUGCAUUGGCAUGGUAAACAACAAUUAUGUUGGCUGUGGCAGCUCAAAAAUGAUGAGCAAAUUUUAUGAAAAUGAGAAAGUUGUAGAGCUGUACCGAGAAGCAGUAAACAGUCAACAAUUUUUUGGUGAUGAGCCUAGUUAUAUGCCGAAAACAACUGUAUCAACCUAUCUAAAUAAAACUGCGACUGAGAUGGAUGUGCAUGAGAUGCGAUCGGUCAUCACAUCUUUACUUUUAAAAUCAGAUGCCAUUACUAUUUAUUGUUGAUGUUGAUGUUGGAUUGUACUGGAUCACUGACAUGCUAAAGAACAAAGAAGAAAUUUUUUUGAUAAGGAUAGUAAUUGUCCAGUAUGGUGGGGGAUCACUGAUGUCCCAUUCUGUUCUUUAAAUCACCCAAAAGGAGGACAACCACGGGCAAAAAAGGAACAAUUGGUUAAAUUAAUCAAAUCAGCACAGGAAUAUUUUAAUAUUAAACCAAAUAGAAAUAAGCUUACACCAAGUGAUGAAAUUAACGCUGAAGAAAUUGAAGAAAUUAACGCUGAAGAAGAAAUGAACGCUGAAGAAAUUGAAGAAAUUAACGCUGAAGAAAUUGAAGAAAUUAACGCUGAAGAAGAAAUUAACGCUGAAGAAGAAAUUAACGCUGAAGAAAUUGAAGAAAUUAACGCUGAAGAAAUUAAUGCUGAAGAAAUGAGUGACAACUCUGAGAAUAUAGAAAGAUAUAUACAUAGUAUUUGGCAGAAAAGACACAAUACUAGAGAAAACCAUCUACUAUUCAAUAUUGAAAAUAUUAAUAUCUAUACCAACACGAUACGUUUUGCUAAGGACAAGAUACCUGAUGAGGUGAUUGAUGCAUACAUGUUCUCUAUUAUAAGGCAGCAAAAGAGUAAUUACCAAUAUUUAAAGUGUACAUUGAUGUCAAUGAUAUUUGAUGUCAGGCAACAAGCUGCAGUAUCAGAGUUGGAAAUAGUUGGCGAGACAGUAAUUGGUGUACUGAAUAUUGGUUCCAACCACUGGAUGCUAAUAGUUAUAUACAUAAACACGAAAACAAUUCUACUGGUUGAUCCAUUGGGAGAGCUAGAAAGAUCAAAAAAAGAAAUACUACAGAACUGGAGAAAUUUCAUCAAUAUCAAUGAAUCAGUUUGUUCAACUGUUGAUGGUUGGGUGGUAAAUGGUAUUCCUCACCCCAAACAGCCUGAUAGUAUUUCUUGUGGAGUGCUAUGUCUAAAGUUUGCUGAAAAGAUAAUUAGCGGACUUGAAGUGUCAUUUUCUGUCACUGAUAAUGAUUUAUCCACUUAUAGAAUGGAAAUUUUAAAAACCAUUUUUAAAAUUCAAGGAAGCACCGUUUCAGAUAUCUGUAGAAUCUGCAGUACAAAAUAUCCAAAAGGUCAAGUUAAUAAUAUACAGUGGAUUGGCUGUGAUAAAUGCAUGGUGUUUUGGGUUCACUAUAAAUGUAUGAGAACACUGAAAACAUUCUCUGAGCUUUCUACCUUGGUAUAUAUAUGCCCUUUAUGUACAUACAUACCAUCAAAUUGGUAAGAGUUCAUAACCUGGAAUUCUAAGCUAUUGAGCAUUACACGAUUAUCUUAUAUCAAUGUAUAAAUUAUUAUAUAAUAUACAGGUUGUAUGAUAUAUUGGCAAUAUUUAAUAUCAAUGUAUAAAUUACUUUACUAUCUGAUAUAUAGACUAUAUAACUAUAUGAUAAUACUACUACAUUUACUCUCUGGCUUUAUUUAAUGUCAAUAUAUUUAUCCCUAUACAUGUAUCUAAGCUAUAUUUAAUAUCAAUUAUUACUGUAUAAUAUAAGGACUUUGUUUAUAAUGAUGUACAGGUUAUAUUUCAAAUUGGUAUAUCAAUUACUAUAUGAUGUACAGGUUAUAUUUGAUAUCAAUCAUUAAAUUACUAUAUGAUGUACAGGUUAUAUUUGAUAUCAAUAUGUAAAUUACUAAAUGAUGUACAUGUUAUAUUUGAUAUCAAUCGUUAAAUUACUAUAUGAUGGACAGGCUAUA